AACAAACGAUUUGGCAUCCAAUGAAAACAAGAAAUCAAUUUUCGAUCGAUCGAGAUACGAUUUUCUCCGUUCGAACAAUCGUAUCAUCUCGAAUAUUUUCAAAAUUGUGAAUAAAAGUGAUCUUAAAAAGAGCUUAAUAUUUAUAAGUGUCUUCCAUUGUAAGUAUUGAAAUAUUUUGGUGCGUUUUACCGAUUGCGGAAAUAGCGAUAGCCAGUGUGAAUCAACGGAAGAAGAGUGUAGCGUGAUAACGUGGAGCUGCCCUCCGCACAGUUUACUCGUGGCUCAAGACACAAUUUCAAUUGACCUAUGGCCCCACUCUCAGUCCUCUCCCCUCGUCCAUCGUACGCGUUCUGUUCAUAGGCCAACAUAAGCGUCUUUUCCUUCACUUCGCAACGACAGUCCAUCGAAGAUGAAUCGAAACGGUAUGUUCUUCUUCGCCUUCUUUCUCUUCGCUCUGUCCAUCGUCUACGCUGAAUUAGUACCUUGGAGGCAAUGUCCUUAUCCUGAUCCCAAUACCCAGACAAAUUGUACAAUUCAUGAAGUAUAUAUAGAGCCUUGCAAAGAAAUCGCAGAGGGAAAGCCAUGUAAAAUAAAAAGAGGAGUUAUUGGAAAUAUGACAUUCCAUUAUACGCCUGCCUUCUCCUCGGACAAAGUACAAGGACGAAUAUUUUGGGCGAGUCAGGUAAUGGAUAUUCCAUUUUUGGGAAUGAAUCCCGAUGCUUGCUUGUCAACUUCCUGUCCAAUUGAAGCAGGAUCAAGAAAUACAUAUCACGUAGAAAUACCAAUUUUAAAGAAAUAUCCUGUUCGGACUUAUGAUCUUAAAUGGAAAAUCUGGAACGAUGAAGAACAAGAAUGUUGUUUUAUGUUUCAAAUUAAAAUAACAAAAUGAUAUUAAUUAUAUGUGAUUCAUCGUACCAUCACGCUCAAUCAAUUAAUAUUUCCAAUUCGUUAAUUUAAUAAAAUAAAUGGAUAAUUAUUCACAAAA